AUGAACGGAUUGUCAUUGGCACGUAUCCGGCUCCGGAGUGUCUUGAUGUCGUGCCGCCAGAAUUCGAGCGCAAAUUUUAACGGAGGGGUCAGCCUGUCUGUUGAUGCGUCGACAGGAAAAGAAACUGGAAGAUUCAAGCAACACAACCCACCAAUUUAUGUAGGACCACAUGUCAAUCCCCUCGACGUCGGGCCAGAUUUCUCCUUUGUCGAUGGACGACCAUGCUACUUCACAUCGCGACGCCAGCUUGAACGGAAGAAGGAGCAGAUUAGAUUAGGAGAAAGAAUCGUGAGCUUACUUGACCAAAUGAACGAUCUCCAAAAAAUCCACGAGGAAGCGGAUGCUCAACGUCGCGACGAACAGAACAAAAUCAAUCAACGGAAACCGCAAGCCAAGGGCACUAAGACGAUCGACCAAUUU